UUCUUCUCCCAUGUCUGAUCCCUCCAUUUCCACACAGAAAAAGAGAGAUAGAAGCAACAGAUAGGUGUUGCCAAGUGCGAAACCAUGUUGGGAGUAUUUAGUAGCUCGAUAGUGUCACCGCCGGAGGAGCUUGUGGCAGCGGGGAGCCGGACGCCGUCGCCGAAGACAACAGCGGCGACGCUGCUGAACCGGUUCCUUGACAGCAGCGCCUCCGCCGUGUCCCUACAGGUCGGCGACGAUGCCCACCUGGCCUUCACUCACGACAACCAGAGCCCUCUGCUCCCCAGAUCAUUUGCAGUGAAGGAUGAGAUUUUCUGCUUGUUUGAGGGGGCACUUGACAACUUGGGGAGACUGAAGCAGCAAUAUGGGCUUGGCAAGUCUGCAAACGAGGUGGUUCUGGUCAUUGAAGCAUACAAGGCACUCCGUGAUCGUGCGCCUUAUCCACCUAGCCAUGUCGUCGGCCACCUUGCCGGCGACUUUGCUUUCGUUGUCUUUGACAAGUCCACCUCCACCUUGUUUGUGGCCACUGAUCAAUUUGGUAAGGUUCCUCUGUACUGGGGAAUCACAGCUGAUGGAUAUGUGGCUUUUGCUAAUGAUGCUGAGUUGCUUAAAGGUGCUUGCGGGAAGUCACUUGCCUCUUUCCCUCAAGGAUGUUUCUACUCCACUGCUGUUGGGGAAUUAAAAUGCUAUGAGAAUCCCAAGAACAAGGUCACUGCUGUUCCGGCAACUGAGGAAGAAAUUUGGGGUGCAAAAUUCAUGGUGGAAGGGCCAGCAGUUGUAGAUCCCACAAAGUAAAAAGAAGAACCAUCCCUCUCUGCAGAUAUUCUCUCAUCUUCAUCUAAACGUGGGUGAAUUAAACUUGGGUUUCUACAUGGCUGUGAAUGGAAGGGCAAUGAAUUGGGGCCAUGUGAAAAAGAAGAGGAGAGUGGAUGGAUUGCGGUUGGUAAAAUGAAUGCACAAGUGAAUGAGUGGUACUUGUGGUGGGGUAGGCUUGUGCCAAUGUAUCAUUUACCCUUAACUUUGUAGGAUCCUAGAGGUUGCUUUUGUUUGUUUGCUUGGCUUUCUAGGGUAUUUAUAUAAUGCCGCUUCAAUGGGUCAUUGUAAAGCUGCUGCCUCUUCGCUGUAAUAAAGUUUGAAUCGAUGGUUUGAGAUCCUAAA